AUCGCGGCGACAGCGGCAUCCAGAUACAGCACAGUCCUCCGUCGGCGCGGGCCCAGGCUGACGUCUCGUCCCGACGCUCGCUCCCGCCACCCAUCUCCGCACGUCAAAAACUUUACGUGCCGCACUCAUUUUGUUUGUGUUGCCGUGUUCGAGGACUAACAUUUUGAACUACAACAGCUAUUUUAGGCUGCCUUCCCGUAUACUUAAUUCACAAGUGCCGGCUGGAUUGUGACGAUUUAACAACUUGUGUGAAAAGCAUCUCCGCCGAGUUUGGAGCCUGUUGCAUCUUUAAAUAACGGUGGCGAUGAAAAUAGCCGAGCACUUUCCAAAACGAGUCUGCAAGGCGAUGUCUAUAUUAACGACAUGAAUCUUAUAAUUGCAGUGCUGGCUACGUAACCUAACAAAGAAUCUUACUCUUGAUAUUUCUAACUCAACAUCAUGAACUUGAAAAUAAUCCCAAUCCUCCUAACCUGGAAUUUUAUAUUUAUUUCGGCCACCCGAGAUUCCUUUGAAGAUGAGGAAACGGCUAGAGCGCGAGAAAUACGCAAUAGAGAAAACAAUCGCAACAGAACCACCUUUAAUGGAACCCUCACGGAUCUGCCCGAAAGGCGAAACUUGAGGCACAGAAACAGUUCCAAGUUCCGGGGCCACCGGCGCAGGGCCUGGGACCGCGAGUACGAUGUCAGGAGAGACAGGAGGAAAGGGCCGGAUGCGCACUCCUCCGACGAGGCCGCGUCCAACAAAACCACCGACCUAUUUCUGAAAAAAGAAGAUAAGCCCCGUAAAAGCGACAAGCAAUCAUAUAAAAAUAAUAGUAUGGACAAAUCUUUCGGAGGAAACAAGCCUCUCAGCCAAAGUAAAAUGCAAGAAAGGAAUCACCAAGCGCUCAAAGACAACAGCACUCGAGCCAAGGGGAGGGUGAGCAACAAGUGGCAGAGCGGCGGGUACAUCCCGUUCCCGCAGCCGCGCGAGCGCAAGCCCAACAUCAUCGUGGUGCUCACGGACGACCAGGACGUGGAGCUGGGCAGCCUCAACUUCAUGCCGAGGACCAUGAAGGCCAUCAGGAGCGCGGGCGCCGAGUUCCGCCACGCUUACACCACUACGCCCAUGUGCUGCCCUUCCAGGAGCUCGCUGCUGACUGGCGUGUACGUGCACAACCACAACGUGUACACCAACAACGACAACUGCUCGUCGCCCAUGUGGCAGGCCAAGCACGAGACCAAGACCUUCGCCACGUACCUCUCCAACGCCGGUUAUCGCACGGGGUAUUUCGGCAAGUACCUGAACAAGUACAACGGGUCGUACAUACCGCCGGGCUGGCGCGAGUGGGGCGGCCUCAUCAUGAACUCCAAGUACUACAACUACAGCAUCAACAUGAACGGCAAGCGGAUCAAACAUGGAGACGACUACCAGAAGGACUACUACCCGGACCUGAUCGCGAAUGACUCGAUAGCGUUCCUCCGCGCGUCGAAGCGCCGGUUCGCGCGCAAGCCGGUGCUGCUUGUCAUGUCGUUCCCCGCGCCGCACGGCCCUGAGGACUCGGCACCGCAGUACUCGCAUCUCUUCUUCAAUGUCACCACUCAUCACACUCCGACUUACGACAUGGCUCCGAACCCGGACAAGCAGUGGAUCCUGCGCGUGACGGACAAGAUGAAGCCCAUCCACCGGCAGUUCACCGACCUGCUCAUGACCAAGCGGCUGCAGACGCUGCAGAGCGUCGACAUGGCCGUUGAACGAGUAUACCAAGAGCUGAAAGCGCUCGGAGAACUAGACAACACGUACCUAGUGUACACUUCCGACCACGGCUACCACCUCGGGCAGUUCGGCCUGGUAAAGGGCAAGAGCUUCCCCUUCGAGUUCGACAUCCGCGUGCCCUUCCUCGUCCGCGGCCCCGGCGUCGAGCCUGGCACUGUUGUGGACGACAUCGUGCUGAACAUUGACCUGGCGCCGACGUUCCUGGACAUGGGCGGCGUGGUGCCGCCGGCGCACAUGGACGGGCGCUCGCUGCUGCCGCUGCUGCAGCCGCGCCGCCGCCGCCAGCCCACCGCGCACUGGCCGGACACCUUCCUUAUCGAGAGGUACAUACUCUGCUUCGCUAGGCAAUCACUUCCUCACACAAGGACAAGAAGAAGGACAAAGUCGCUGCUACAGCCGCGCCGCCGCCGCCAGCCCACCGCGCACUGGCCGGACACCUUCCUUAUCGAGAGGUACAUACUCUGCUUCGCUAGGCAAUCACUUCCUCACACAAGGACAAGAAGAAGGACAAAGUCGCUGCUACAGCCGCGCCGCCGCCGCCAGCCCACCGCGCACUGGCCGGACACCUUCCUUAUCGAGAGGUACAUACUCUGCUUCGCUAGGCAAUCACUUCCUCACACAAGGACAAGAAGAAGGACAAAGUCGCUGCUACAGCCGCGCCGCCGCCGCCAGCCCACCGCGCACUGGCCGGACACCUUCCUCAUCGAGAGGUACAUACUCUGCUUCGCUAGGCAAUCACUUCCUCACACAAGGACAAGAAGAAGGACAAAGUCGCUGCUACAGCCGCGCCGCCGCCGCCAGCCCACCGCGCACUGGCCGGACACCUUCCUUAUCGAGAGUUCGGGUCGUCGGGACAUGCAACACUCGAGCAAGUACAGCCGCGAGAUGAACCCGGGCAGCACCGGCGCGCCCUCUGCCGAGAGCAGUGACUUCGAGGACACCGGCGACGACGACUUUCUGGAACCUAACGACGACGACGAAGAAGACGAUGAUGUGGAUGCGGACCACAAUGAGUCUAAAGCGUCUGCGGAACCAACAAUAUCCAAUGAGAGUCACAACCCUAUUCUGGAUGAAAGCUUGGAGAAACUUGAAUCAGACGAAGCCACUUUAGAUGCCCAUGAUAUUUUCUUUGCAAACCCGGAUAAAAAGUCUAUUGUGCAAGGGACAGAAAAUGGCAUAGCAGGUGGAAAGGCGGACAGGCUCGCCGACGACUGCUCGCAGGCGGAGGCGCGGCUGCCGUGCGCGCCGGGCCGCAAGUGGCGCUGCGUGCUCGUGGCCGGCCGCUGGCGGCGCCACAAGUGCAAGUACGAGGGCGAUAUUGGCGUUGCACCUCCAAAGAUGAGUACCAAGAAGUGUGCCUGCUUUACGCCGAGCGGACUGGUGUACACGAGGCUGGAGACGGACGGGACCAUCGCGCGGCGUCCGAUCGCAGCACCCAAGGACAAUACCACGAGAAGCCGUCGUUCUAUCGACAACGACGUCUUUGAGCCCAAUACUGUAGAUAGUAUCCUAAAGGAAAAUCCGAGUAUUGGUCAUUUGAGUUCUAAAAAUGAACCCAUCAGUGAAAUCGAGAACAGGAACCUGACGGAUAAAAUUGAUAAGCUGAUAGAGGAGACAGAAGCCUUCUUAGAAGCUUAUGAACGUACCAAAGAUAAUAUAGGUAAGACGAGAAUAAAACGGAGGGCCCAGAAUUGGAACAAACAUAAACAACGCAAUGAUGCAGUCGUCAACAGUAAUGGAUCGUCGUUAGAAUGUAAAAUUGAAAGGGACGGACAAGUAAACUGUUCUCAAGUUAUUUAUAACGACCUAAAAGCCUGGCAUACCAACAGAUUAAGUUUGGAAGACCAAAUAAGGCAGCUGAAAACAAAACUAGAAGAUUUAAAGGAAAUCAAAAGGCAUUUAAAAACAACUAAACCUGCCAUUAGUAUAAACGCACAUCAGACAACCCCCAUCAUCAACACGUCCUCGUUUACAGAACAGGUACCGAUUAAAACGGAUGUACCAACUCAUAAUAAUUCCAAAGAAUUUUACAGAAAAGGAAGAUUGCAUCGCAUUAAAUCAAAACACAGGAACGGAACACAUUUCGACAAAAAGUUCAGCCAGUCAAAUGAGUAUGUUAUUCCCACUCUAAACGCUAAUACCAAAGAUGUGCUCGAAGGCACACAAUUCAAGAAUGUUAGUGUAGCCGAGGUGCCUUCGACUGGUCAGAUUAAUUUCACAAAUGAAGAUAAUGUUACUCUAAAUUCCCUUAUAAUAGAUACUGAACUGCCAAAGCCGGAAGUUACUACUAGUAUAGAAGCGAACUACUUCGGUAGCACUGAUUCACCGCUAGUAGAAAAAGUAACACGAACGGACAAUACAACCGAUACGACAACAUCUAAUACUAGACAAAGUAUUUCAGUAACAAGCCAAACAUUUGUAUAUGCUAGUCCGAAACAGGUAGCGCAAGUGGACCAACAUACAGAACAUUCUCCCGUAGAUUUUACACAGGGUUUAUCCAACUUUAAUUCCGCUAUCGACGAAAUUAUAUCUUCCCAAGUUCCGGUGCUAGUCGACAGCGAGGCAUCAUCAACGCCAGCGUCGACGACUACCACACUGGCCAGCACGUCUCUGGCCGCGACCAACUUGGGGCCGGCGAGGCUCGACGCCUCCGAAUAUGAGAAACGGAACCCGAAUCGGGGUGUUUCAAGUAACACUGGAAUUUUUAGUAAGCCGAAAGACGAUUUUCCGAGACGACUUCAUCCUUUGUUCAUUGAGAAUGAAGAUAAACAUGUUUGUUACUGCGAGGAGAACAGAAAGAUGCGAGGCAUCGGACACAGCUAUUUGGAAGCAGUCCAUCGAGCUAGAGAAGAACGCAGAAAAUUAAAAGAACAAAGACUAAGGAAGAAGCUAAGGAAGGCUAAAAAGAAGGCGGAGCUGGAGAGGUUAUGCGAGUCGGAGAGGAUGAACUGUUUCCGGCACGACAACGAGCACUGGCGCACGGCGCCGCUGUGGACCGCCGGCCCCUUCUGCUUCUGCAUGAGCGCCUCCAACAACACCUACAACUGCGUCAGGACCAUCAACGCGACGCACAACCUGCUAUACUGCGAGUUUGUCACCGGCCUAAUCACCUACUAUAAUCUCAGAAUUGAUCCUUUCGAAACUCAGAACAGAGUGAAAUACUUGACCGCAAUGGAGAGAGAGUUUUUCCACAAUCAACUGCAGCAGCUCCUCAGCUGCCGGGGGCCCUCGUGUCGCCGGCACUCCUACUCAAAUCCUCAGGGUCUGACAGAAGACAGAAGGCGUUUCGAAGAUAAUCACAUGUUUCGAGGUGAAACUGCCCCAUAUAAUGAAAGAGCCUGGCGCUGGAGCGGCUACGGCCGGCGUUACGCGCGGGCGCACGCGCUGAACCGGCGGCGGCACACGCUGCCCUACUGAUUGCUAGCCGCUCGUGAUAUUAUCUCUGCGUAGUUUGACUCUUCACUAUAACAUCGUUUCCAACUUAACCCUUAAAUGCUUAGUGAUGUAUAUGCAUCAUGUAUUUUUGACUUUAUUGACAGCAUGUCAAAAUUCAAAUUUGAAUAUAUUUUUGUCAAGGUCAUGCAUUAAAAGGUUAAACACUAAAUAGGCUACUUGACCCUUUUUCAAAGUAUGUCUUAUAUUAUUAAUUACUG